AUGUCUUACAAAUGGAAAAGGGAAAAUUGGGGAUGUGAACUGGGUGAUAAUGAGCGAAUUAUUGAUUGGUCAUUCCUAGCGGAAUUGAAUUUCACAUUAGCUGCUUUAUUAACUUCUAAAGGUGGAGUUCUAAUUUAUUCUGACGUUGGAAGCAGUGGCGCCAAACUCUGUGUUACUCAUUUACAAAAAUUUGCUUCAACUGUAAACGAGGCUGCUGCCAUAUGCGUUCUUCCUGAUGCAAGUGGUCUAGCAUUCAUUCUUUUAAAGGGGAGCGUUUUAUUGGUACCGCUGCGGUGUAUUCUGGACGUGCCAUGGGGUAGAUGUGAUAUUUUGGCCAGUGAUUCCGUUUCAAUUUUGGAAGUUAAUGGUGUGGAAGAAGGAUGCUUGUGUACACCAACUUCUGCACUCUGUUACAGUGGUCAUCAUUCAAAUCGUCCUUACUUAAUAUAUGCAAAUAAGGCAGGACAGCUUUUCAUUAUUGAUUUAACUAUGAUGGUAGUAUCCGUAAUGUUAAGAGCACCGGAAAGCAUUCAUAAUAUUGCUUUGUACACAAGCAAAGGCGAUGUUCAUUUACUGGUAAGCGGUUUCACCAGUGAACAGUGGAUAUUGCCACUGGAAACUGAUGGACGUAGCUUGCGUGAAACGUUAGGUCAGGUUAUACCAUGGGAUUUAAGAGAACAGUAUCACAAAACAUCUCAGAUCAGUGUCGCCUUCAAUGGAUUGCUUGCUGUGCUUAACACUGAAGAUUGUGUUGUCAAGUUCUACGACGAUGCCGAUAUGAAAAUAGCGAAAAAUUUUGUCUCCGUGCCUGAAAAUACGUGGCAGGUGCAUAUUCUUCCGCAUGUGGUAUUUGCUAUUACUGAUCAAGUUUCUGGUAAUGGUGUUUCUGUUCACUUCGGUGGUUUGUUCAGUACUGCAAAGAUUUUUUACGAAAAAAUCCUUGAUUUUUCAAGUGAGAAGAUAUUGGGUUUUAUACCGAUUAUAUGCGAGAAUAUUCUGCCUUCGUGUUUGCUUGUAACGGAACAUGAUGUUAUCGUUUUAUAUCCGAACAAGUCUUUACGCGAGGUUCUGGUUGAUUAUGUCGCGAAACUCGACUUCAGUUAUAACAUUUGCAUGUUAGUAGCUGAAACAUUUGAAAUAAAUGUCGCUGAUUUGGUUCAAAAUGUCCUCGACGAUACUAUUCCUAUUAUUCAGAAUUCUGCGGACAAAGAAAUCAUUCUGAAUAAACUGAUUAAUCUUGCACUUGAUUCAUCUAUGGAUCUUAUCACUUUAAUAGAGUGGUGCACGAAGAGUAGUUCUGAACAUGCACUUGUGGAAGUGGUGAGAGAUAUAUGUGCAGAAGAUCCAAAUGAAAAAGGCAGACAUCACAUGAUCAACCUUUGCAUGGCUCGUUAUAAAGCCUUCCCUCAAGACAGAGAUAAGAUCGAAACCAUUUUAAACGAAUUUUUGAUACAACAUCAAGAUGUUUACGCUGGCGUGGAACAAUUGCUUGAAGCGGAUUUUUGGACGACUGUUACUAUAGUUGUUGAUAAUUCGUUAGAUAAAGCUGAGAUUGUGGGAAGAUAUCUAGCAAGAACAAGAAAGGAUUGGCCAGCAGUUCGUAGUUCAUUCAUUGUGAAAAUUUUGUCAUCUCUUUGUUGGAAAUCAUGCAGCAAAGAGGUUGGUGAAAUGCUUUUACGGCGUAUGACGGAAUUUGUACCUCACCUGAAAUCUGUAUCACAUCUCACUACUUUUGCUAAGAUUGGAGUGGAACAGGUGACAAGUUAUCAAAAUAAUGCAGCUGUUCUCUACGUGAUAUCUUUGUUGCAUCUGAUGCAAGCAACAUACAAUACUCGUUUUCCUUCUGAAGCGGAUAGCAUUAUUUCAAGUGGAUCGAACUUUACUGCCGUAGUGACUUCUGAGGAAGGUAUUGGUUAUUGGGGAGAAUUUUCUCCAGGACCAUUAAAGUCAAAGGAAUGUGAAAAAUCUCUUGGACAACGUGCAUCUCGUUUGUGUAUGCUGGAUUUACCUGUUCGAAUUUGUAGCGUUUCUUGCGGCACCGAACAUUUGCUUUGCUUAACUAUACAUGGGAAAGUCUAUGCGUUUGGUCGAAAUAGAUUUGGUCAGUGUGGUGUCGGUCAUACAAGUGAGAUUACAGUGGCAGCGGAAAUUGUCGAUAAUUAUGGGAGCGCUCGUGCAGUAUGUGCUGGACAUUAUCAUUCAGCACUAAUCAAUGAAGAAGGAUAUGCUUUCACUUGGGGUUGGUCGUUUUAUGGACAACUUGGAAUUAAUACACGCUCUUCAUUCACAGACGAACUGGUUCCGAGUUUGGUGAAAUCUUUGAAUGGGCGAGUUAUUUCAGUUGCUUGUGGAUAUGCACAUACAUUGUUUUUGAUGGAAUCAGGCGUUGUUUAUUCUUGUGGUAACGGGUCAUAUGGACAGCUGGGUGUCGGUGCUGAAAUAAAAAAGCGUUUCGAACCUGAGGCAGUUCCUGUGCCGAAUAAAGUUCUCAUGAUUGCUUCGAAAUAUUUCCACUGUUUAGCUGUAUCCGAAGGGCAGAAAAUUUAUUGCUGGGGUGCUAAUCCGCAAGCAUUGAAGAUGAAAAUGUUUGUUAAACGAAGAUUGCGCGUAGAAACAGAUAAAGGUACUUCGACGAAACUGGCAAUCAGUAACUCCCACUUAACAGUCACCGAGUUGGAACAUAUGGUGCAGGGAAGAAUAAUACACAUUGACGCAGGUUAUAGUCAUUCAGCUGUUAUAAACGAAUAUAAAAAUCUCUAUACAUGGGGUAAAAGUUUGGAUAUGCAACUGGGUCAUGGUAACAAGAAAGAGCAAGAAGAGCCACAUCAGCUGUUUGAACCAUCUGCUGCUUGGGAUUUCGUUUCAUGUGGUUACGAUUUUACGACUGCCAUAACCUCUCAAGGCAUUAUUUACGUCUGGGGGAGAAAUUAUAAAGGUCAUUUGGGUGUUGAAUCAGGCGUUCCUUCAUCAGUUAGUCGUAAAAUUGUAUUCAAAACUGCUAAAGGUCCUUCGAAGACAAUUGAAGUGACCGGUGAUAGUCCUUGCAUACCACGACCAACAAAGUUUCCAGCUUUGAUUGCGUUUUCGCUCACAGAAUUAUGUUUUGACGAAGUGAGAAAACGUAGUUUUAUCGAUUUUGUCAAAAAAAUGGAUUCAAACGCGAUCUCAGAUAUUUCUUCUGAGCUUCUUAGAAAUCCAGUGUACUGUCUUCCUGCUAUAUACAUGCAUUUAUUGGCUGGUGAUCUCAUUCAUGCUAUUGAAAUUCUUAUUCAUUUGCCGUCCACAGAAAUAGAAGCAACAGCAGAUAAUAAAAAUGAGCAGGAAGGAAGCGGUUUUUUUGCGUUCAUUGAUAUUAUCUGGGAUUUGAUAUGCAAACAUCCAAAUUUUACGGUUCAGUCCAAGGCCUUAUCGAAUUUGCUGAACACUUUUCUUAUUAGUGAUCGUGUUAUUAAGGAUAAGAAAUUAAGCGCCUUGGCUCCACUACUUUUGAUUUCGAAACCAGAUGUACUUUGUUCGUUGAAUUCAUCUGAUUUCCUGAAAAUUUUGGAAAAUUGGCAAGCUGAUCCAUCUUUUCAUGGUCUACAAGUAUCUCAAAAUUCUAUCCAGAAUUACUCAGGAAGAGUGCGGUACUGGGCUUGCUGUGGUACCGUGGAAAAACACCCUGUGAUGGUUCGGAACAAUAUAAUUAAUGAUAAAAGAGGAGUUUGUCGAAGAUGUUUCGAAAAAUGGUCAUGCUCAGUGCGAGCAAAGUUCCUUGAGUACGAAAAUAACAUCAGUAAUUAA